AUGUACAAGGGUCUUGACACAAGCAAGCGGGAGAUUCGACUCAUUGAACUUUCUACACAAACUGGCGGCGGUAUACUCGAGUGCAAGCUACUGCCUGCAACGUUGUUAACCGAUGCACGAAAGCAGUAUUUGGCUUUAUCCUAUUGUGCAGGAGACCCAAUCGACACAAAGGACAUCUUGGUGAGCGGGGUAAGAUGCAACAUCUUUGCGAACUUACAUCAUGCACUGGUACUCGCUCGCCGUUAUUGGAUUCGAUCCUCAAGGCAAACCCCACUUCGACUUUGGAUCGAUCAGUUAUGCAUCAAUCAGCAAGACUUGAAAGAGAGAUCACACCAAGUCGGCUUCAUGAGGGACAUCUACCAGGGCGCGGAACGCACACUGGCUUGCUUAUCGACAUCAAAAACUAGUGGGAGGGGAAUGAAGUGGUUGAUCGACCUGUGCGACGCCGUUCCUUCUCAAGAAGACGAUGGACCAUUCCAACACGACAGUGAAGACGAAAUAGGUAUCGAUGGCGAGGCUGAAUCAGAAGACGGUACCCAGGAAAGUGACGAACUGUCCGACACCUCCGACUCGGAGCGUCUUGGUGGAUACAGACAGCAAGGGCUUCGUGUAUGUGACUAUUUCUGGGACAGCAUGCACAUCGAAAAGUUUGUGAAUGGGUGGAUUGCGUUCUACGACGUACUGUCCAGCCCAUGGUGGAACCGAGCUUGGAUCUGCCAGGAAUUCCUGGUAUCCGAUCAUGUCAGUUUCAUGUUCGGCGACCAUUUCGUCUCAUGGGAACAGUGCUGGAGAACCAUGCAAGCCUUUUGCGGAAUACACAGAAAUCACCUGAUAAAUCGGAAUAAAUUUCUGGAGUUCCGAAACCUUUCGGUAGGCUGUCCUGAGGAUCGCCAACUUUGCCGCAUCCUCGACAUCGUUAACCAAAGAGACCUCAACCGUCAAGUCGAUCACGUCGGGAUGGCCUUGAAAAUGAAGAUCCGUUGGAGUGGCAGCCUGGAUAUAAAGGCUCUUCUAUCGCAUUCUCGAUCUUGCAAGUCAUCCGAUGAUCGUGAUCGAGUAUACGCUAUUCUUGGAUUAGCUUCGCUGGGAUAUCAGAUCUUUCCUGGCUAUUCAUACGACAUGACCGCAGCCCAGGUCAUGAUUAUGACUACCAAGGCAAUCAUAGACAAGGAAGAUAGCCUGUAUAUCCUUGUACAAGCUACUACAUUAGUUCGAUCUAAAAAUCUCGACGUGCCCUCGUGGGUCGUCGACUGGUCUAGCACUGAAGCCUCGGAUAUUCGAAAUAACCAUUUCGGGAAGAGGCUAUUAUACCGACUGAGCAGGAUACCCCAAGAAUCUCCAGAACAUACUUUUGAAACCAUCACAGACAGGUUUCAGCAGACACAAGCACAUAUCCUAAGGGUUUAUGGAACAUUCAUCACAAAAAUAUGGCUAGAAACAAGGGGAUGGCCGUUUGCGGAUUUUAUAGCGCCGAGGGGAUGGCAAGGCGGAGCUCUAGCUUCCAUCACCGACGGAGAUGAACUAUGGAUCUUACACGGGCUUAGAGUACCCAUUGUCCAGCGGCCAUAUCGUGAUGGGUACCAGGUCGUUAGUUCUGCCUUUCUCAUGGGGCAGGAUGAUGAGGGUUUUGGGACACCGGUGAUAUCCACUGAAGAGGGCUCUGUUCAGAAUUAUACGUGUAAUCCGAUGCGUAAUCCCGAUCUCUGGAAGCUUAGCAUUGUCUCAGCUAACUUCUAG